UUAUGUAUUAAUACAGUUAUGAAAAUAGUAAUUUUGAUUUUGAUUAUCAAUAUCUAUGUACAUGUAUCCGACUUAUAUACAGCUGAGGGAGUGCCCCAUCAGUACGACCUGACAGUAAUUAGUACAUCCAAUCUGUCGUGUUAUACCUGUUCAACAAUUGACGACAUCGGCUGCAAAGUUAUCAACGAAAGCUAUUAUUACUACAAUAACAAAUACAGUACCUAUAAUACCCGUUACUAUGGAUCAAAGUGUGGAUCAGAUCAACCCUAUUGUCAGGUCCAGCGUUUGGACGCUAAGAUUAACCUAACACAUCACGACUACAAAUUCUGGGCCAUUCAACGCAAGUGUGCCAAAGAGUGUAGUGAUGGAUGUUUUGUUUUAGGAGAACGACAUAAACUGAGUUUAUGUACCACUUGUUGUAAAUCCAAUUAUUGUAAUAUUGGUAAUACUGGCGAUACAAUUGCUUAUUUAAAUAUCUUUCUUAUGUACAAACUGUGUUAA